AUGCCUCGACGAGCGCCCACAACACCGUCGCGCUCGUCGACGGGGUCCAGCACCCCCUCAGAGGACUCUGCGGAUGGAACGCUGCGAAAGGACGUCGGAGAUGCGGUUGUUGGCGAGGAGGAGCAGUUGGCCGUUGGAUGUCGGGAAGAGGAGUAUUACAGGAGCAUGAUGCCCGGCUGGCGGUUCUGGAUCCGACAGAAGCUCAUGCAGAGGCUGAGUAAGGAGAUGGACACGCUGCAGGGCAUCCAGACUCGCUGGCGGACGCCCUUCCGAGACGAGUACUUUGUCAAAACGAGUCUGCUGGGAACGCACACCUUCUUCAUGAUCUUCCUGCCGCUCUGGUACUGGUUCGGCGACGCUCACAUUGGUAGGGGGCUUCUGCACGUCCUCGCUAUCGGCGCCUACGUCACGUCAGUCGCGAAAGACGCCUUCUCCGUCCCGCGCCCAUACUCCCCUCCAGUCGUCCGUCUCUCCGUCGGUUCGCACGCUCUCGAAUACGGCUUCCCCUCUACACACUCGUCAAACGCGUGCUCGAUGGCGCUCUUCUUCGCGGGUCUGGUGCUGGAUAGGUGGGAAGGGCACUGGGCGAUCUCGGCUGGAGCGGUCGGAUUCGCCGCUUUCUUCGCUUGGAGCGUCACGUUUGGAAGGCUCUACACCGGCAUGCACUCGAUGACAGACGUCGCAGUCGGCUCACUCAUUGGCAUCCUCAUCUUCACACUCCACCGCGCCAUCCUACCCGUCGUCGACCCUCUUAUCUUCGGCACGACCUGGAAGGCGACGCUCGCCUCUAUUCCGAUCUUGCUUGCGCUCGUUACCUUCCAUCCCGAGCCGGCCGAAGAAUGCCCCUGCUUCGAAGACGCCGUCGCUUUCCUCUCGGUCGUUCAAGGUGUCACCAUGCGCGAUGCCUACUGGCCCGAAGGAUUCGCGAGCACGACGUACGGCCACGAGUGGCGGAGCGGAAGCGAAGUCGGGGUGUGGGCUGCGUCUGUUCUGCUCAAGCUGGUCGUUGGCAUCUCGACUAUCCUUGUUUGGCGCAUCGUCGCGAAGCAGGUCUGCCAUCUCGUCCUACCGCCGCUCUUCCGCUUCUUCGCGCCGCUCAUUCGGCUGCCGCGGCGUGGGUACAAGCCGGCGACCGAGUAUGAGGCUUACCCUCCGACGACCUCGCUCGACCCGGUCCCUUCGAUUCUCGAUCUCCCCUCCCUCGUGGACGAAGCCGAAGUCUCGCCCAGCCUCUCGCGCGGCGCGACCUCUUCGCUCUCCUCAUCCCUCUCAAACGGCAAAGACCUGCGCAACCGCUCGUCCUUCGCUCCUCCCCCUCCCGGCUCACUCGAGGCUCCUCCGCUCCACAAAUCAGGCGGAACAGCCGCCUCUCCUCACCGCUCGUCGCUCUCGAAUGGCGCAGCAGAAGAGUCGGGACACCUCGACGCGGACGUCUUGACCAAGGUCGUGGUGUACAGCGGGAUCGGGUGGCUCGCCAGCGCAGGUAUCCCGGGGGCGUUUGAGCUGUACGGCUGGUCAGUGCGGUGA